CUGCGCGCAUUGUUGCCAGGACGCAGUGGCGGCGCCAUCUUUCUUUUUCUGUUUCGCAAGGACCAGUGGCGGAUAAUGCAAUAGCAGUCUGCGUUUGUCUGGAAAAUGGCCGCAACCUGUGCUCUACUACUACAGUUGCUGCUGCUGCUGCUGCUGCUGUCACCGCUGCUGUUGUCACCGCUGCUGUCGCUGUUGCUGCUCCUACCUGUGCGUGAAUCCAGCCCAAGCCCAAGCACAAUGCCACAAAGGAAAAUCGGACACUUAUUAUCAGGCAAGAAGGGGACCUGCUGUUUGCAAUGCUGUUUUGUUGGAGCGACUGCUUUUGGCGUGCGGUGCUGGGAGUGCAGAAAGCAAACGCGGUCUCAAUUGUGCAUUCAGUGACGACAUGCGGUCCAGAUGACCCAGCGG